AUUCUGAGUGUCCAUCGAUCGGGUAUAUAAGUCCGAAACCAGAUCAUGACCACAUAACGCAAUCAUCAGCCUUAGCGAGUACUGGUAUCCCAGCAGCGCUACAUUCAAAAAUCGACAUGAAGGUCUUCGUUGUUCUCUCUGCCCUCGCCGCCGUGGCAUUCGCCCGCCCUGGAGGCAUCGCCGGAAUCCACUCCGUGGGUCCAGUGGCCUACGCUGCACCCUUGGCUUACGCUAGACUGGUUCCCGGUGCACCCGUGGGAGUCGACGGUCGCGUCGUAGACACCCCUGAGGUCGCAGUCGCCAAGGCCGAGCACGCUGCUGCUCACGUCAACGAGAAGAUCACCCUGGCUAACGAGGCUGUCAGGUCCGCUGACGUCAUCGCUCUAUCCGCACCCGUUGCUCAUGCCGUGUCUGCUCCCGUCGUCGCCGCCCCAGGAGUCGUCUCUGCCUAUGCUGCAGGCGCCGUAGCCUCCCCUCUGGCUUAUGCCGCUCAUGGUGGCCUGGCUGUAGCUCACGGAGUUGUGGGUCUGGCUCAUGGUGCCCCCGUCGGAGUUGACGGACGCGUCGUAGACACCCCCGCCGUCGCCGUAGCCAAGGCCGAGCACGCUGCUGCCCACGUCAACGAGAAGAUCACCCUGGCUAACGAGGCUGCCAAGAACUACGCUGCCGCCCCCGUUGUCGUAUCUGCUUAUUCCGCCCCUGCUGUUUCGCACGUCGUGUCUGCUCAUGGUGCCCCCGUCGUCUCUGCUUACGCUGCUCAUCCCCAGGUCUCCGUCUGGUGAACGGCUGUGACCAAACGACCAACUUCAUUUUCCGAAUCAUGAUUGUAUCUUGUGAAUUCAUUUACCAUUUUUCUGCAGUAAUAGACUUUUAUCAAACAUA